AUGAAUUACCCGGGCCGCGGGUCCCCGCGCAGCCCCGAGCAAAACGGCCGGGGCGGCGGCGCCUGGGAGCUGGGCUCGGAUGCGGGGACGGCGUUGAGCGGCAGCGUCUGCUUCUUCGAGCACCUGCCCGGCGGAGACCUGGGCGACGGCGACGUGCCCCUGGCCCUACUGCGCAGAGACUCCGGGCUGCACUUGGCGCCGGGCGCCGAGGACCACAGCCACCACUUGGCGCUGGACCCCUGCCUCAGUGACGAGAACUAUGACUUCAGCUCCACGGAGUCGGGCUCCUCGUUGCGCUACUACAGCGAGGGCGAGAGCGGCGGCGGCGGCAGCUCCUCGUCGCUGCACCCACCGCAGCAGCCGCCGCUGGCUCCGACGAACUCCGGGGGUGGCGGGGCGGUGGGAGGGGGCCCCGGGGAAAGGAAGCGCACCCGGUCCGCCGGCCCGGCCGCCCGGCACCGCUACGAGGUGGUGACGGAGCUGGGCCCAGAGGAGGUGCGCUGGUUCUACAAGGAGGACAAGAAGACCUGGAAGCCCUUCAUCGGCUACGACUCGCUUCGCAUCGAGCUCGCCUUCCGGACCCUGCUGCAGGCCGCGGGUGCCCGGCCCCAGGCCGAGGACCGCGACGGCGAGCAUGUGUGCGGCCCGUCCUCCCCCGCGGGCCCGGCCUUCAGCUCCGGGGAAGACGACGAGGACCGCGCCUGCGGCUUCUGCCCGCGCUCGGAGGGGCACGAGCCUGAGAUGGUAGAGCUGGUGAACAUCGAGCCAGUGUGCGUGCGGGGCGGCCUCUAUGAGGUGGAUGUGACCCAAGGAGAGUGCUACCCGGUGUACUGGAACCAGGCUGAUAAAAUACCAGUAAUGCGUGGACAGUGGUUUAUUGAUGGUACUUGGCAGCCUCUAGAAGAAGAGGAAAGUAAUUUAAUUGAGCAAGAACAUCUCAAUCGUUUUAGGGGUCAGCAGAUGCAGGAAACUUUUGAUAUUGUGUCAAAAUCCAUAGAUGGAAAAGAUGUUGUCCACCACCUCCCUCCCUUCUCCCUCCCUUCUCUGUUCAAAUGGAGAGGAUAUAAGGAGAGUACAGAUGCCGCAGGUCUUAAGCGCAAGCGUUCCCAAGCUAUUCAUAGCUUCAAGUUGAGUCGAAACCAUGUGGACUGGCACAGUGUGGAUGAAGUAUAUCUUUACAGUGACGCAACAACAUCUAAAAUUGCAAGAACAGUUACUCAAAAACUGGGAUUUUCUAAAGCAUCAAGUAGUGGGACCAGACUUCAUAGAGGUUAUGUAGAAGAAGCCACAUUAGAAGAUAAGCCAUCACAAACUACCCAUAUUGUAUUUGUUGUGCAUGGCAUUGGGCAGAAAAUGGACCAAGGAAGAAUUAUCAAAAAUACUGCCAUGAUGAGAGAGGCUGCAAGAAAAAUAGAAGAAAGACAUUUUUCCAACCAUGCAACACAUGUUGAAUUUCUGCCUGUUGAAUGGCGGUCAAAACUUACUCUUGAUGGAGACACCGUUGAUUCCAUUACUCCUGACAAAAUACGGGGUUUACGGGAUAUGUUGAACAGCAGUGCAAUGGAUAUAAUGUAUUAUACUAGCCCACUUUAUAGAGAUGAACUAGUUAAAGGCCUUCAGCAAGAGCUGAAUCGAUUAUAUUCCCUUUUCUGUUCUCGGAAUCCAGACUUUGAAGAAAAAGGGGGUAAAGUCUCAAUAGUGUCACAUUCCUUGGGAUGUGUAAUCACUUAUGACAUAAUGACUGGCUGGAAUCCAGUUCGACUUUAUGAACAGUUGCUGCAGAAGGAAGAAGAAUUGCCUGAUGAACGAUGGAUGAGCUACAAAGAACGACAUCUUCUCGAUGAACUCUAUAUAACAAAACAACGGCUGAGGGAAAUAGAAGAACGGCUACAUGGAUUGAAGGCAUCAUCUAUGACACAAACACCUGCCUUAAAAUUUAAGGUUGAGAACUUUUUCUGUAUGGGAUCCCCACUAGCAGUGUUUUUGGCGUUGCGUGGCAUCCGCCCAGGAAACACCGGAAGUCAAGACCAUAUUUUGCCUAGAGAGAUUUGUAACCGGUUACUGAAUAUUUUUCAUCCUACAGAUCCAGUGGCUUAUAGGUUAGAACCAUUAAUACUGAAACACUACAGCAACAUUUCACCUGUCCAGAUCCACUGGUACAACACUUCAAAUCCUCUACCUUAUGAGCAUAUGAAGCCAAGCUUACUCAACCCAGCAAAAGAACCUACCUCAAUUUUAGAGAAUGAAGGCAUUUCAACUAUGCCAAGCCCUGUGACCUCACCAGUCUUGUCCCGCCGACACUAUGGGGAAUCUAUAACGAAUAUAGGCAAAGCAAGCAUAUUAGGGGCUGCUAGCAUUGGAAAGGGACUUGGAGGAAUGUUGUUCUCAAGAUUUGGACGUUCAUCUGCAUCACAGCCAUCUGAGACAUCAAAAGACUCAAUGGAAGAUGAGAAGAAGCCAGUUGCCCCGCCUCCUACUACAACUGUGGCAACACAGACCCUUCCACACAGCAGUUCUGGCUUUCUUGAUUCUGCAUAUUUCAGACUUCAGGAAUCGUUCUUUAAUCUCCCACAACUUCUUUUUCCGGAAAAUGUAAUACAGAAUAAAGAUAAUACCCUCGUGGAACUGGAUCACAGGAUUGAUUUUGAACUCAGAGAAGGCCUUGUGGAGAGCCGCUACUGGUCAGCCGUCACGUCACACACUGCCUACUGGUCGUCCUUGGAUGUUGCCCUCUUUCUUUUAACCUUCAUGUACAAACAUGAGCACGAUAAUGAUGCAAAACCCAGCUUAGAUCCAGUCUGAACUCUUGAAGGACAUUAUGGCCCAAAACUGAUUUUUUUUUCUGUUAAAAUGUGUGUCAAGAUAUGGAGAUAUCAGGGUUAAGAAUGUUUCAGUUUUGUUUA